AUGCAAAAGCGAAAAAAUUGUAUAAUGCUUCAAGAAUAUAACAAAAAAAGGAAGAACACUUUUGCUGAAGAAGACAUUUGCACUGAAGAUAUUUUUGUUGAAAAUACCUGCGCUGAACAUGUUUUUGUUGAAAAUACCUGCGCCGAAUAUGUUUUUGUUGAAAAUAUCUUUGCCGAAGAUGUCUUUAUUGAAGAUGUCUUUACUGAAAGUGUGUUUGUUGAAGACAGUGAGUUUGAUAAAAAUGAAAAAGAG